AUGUAUGGGAUCCUCUCUGUUGUUUGCGAGAAAUGGCAUACGUAUGAAGCUGCCACCCUCGCGUCAGGUUCGAACGCGGACGGCUCGCACGUUUCGCGCUUCUUCGCGUUCACGCCCGUACACGGUGGCAUCGCGAUGCCGGCUUUCCAGUCCCUUUCGUCUCUCCAGGCGAUCUUCACGCCCCUUGUGGGCUUCGUCGCUUCGGAAUACGCUUUCACGCCGGGGCGUGAGUAUGUGUACAAGUACCGGAGCAGGGCGGUGACGGGGAUCCCGGGACUCAAGCCUCAAUAUGCAGGCUUGGGGAUCAAAGGCAUCCUUCGUCUUCAGGUCGAAAGCCCCUCGCUGAGUGGCAUCGAGGUGGGUUCGGUGAACGGUGAGAUGAAGAUGCCAUGGAGGGAAGAGAUCCCCAUCUCUUAUUCUCCUCUGGGUGAAACCCAGGAGCCUCUGCAUCUCCCGUUCAAGAUCAUCCUGAAAUCCGGAGUCGUGCAAUCGUUGGAAGUCUCUGCCGAAGAACCAGAAUGGAGUGCCGACAUCAAGAGGGCCAUCGCCUCUCAGUUGACGUUGAAUAUGGCUAAGGUCAACUUGACUCCUUUCAAGAUCCGCGACGUUCCGUAUUCUAGCUCUGAGUAUCGACUCCUCAAUACCAUUACCUCUGGUGUCCCGGCUCACAAUUUCUACACCGUCGAGGAGGACUCGAUCGGAGGAGAGUGCAAGACCACCUACACGAUCGCUCCUCUGCCAGAACACUUGGCCAACUUGGAAGAGCUUUCCAUGCCAGAGGAAUGGAGGAGGAUCCGAACGGAAACGGAAGAGGGCAAGGCCUGGAUCGUCACCAAGAUCCGCAACUACGAUGAAUGCAACCGAAAGCCUUUCUUCGCCCACAACUCCUUCGUGGAUGUCUCUCCUUUCCCCUGCAGCGCGGCUGAUGCUCAGUGCAAGGAAUUCACCUCGCGCACCUCCGUGUCGAGAUACCUGAUCCGUGGGGAAAGGCAAAACUUCAAGAUCGAGAGAGUGUGGACGGAGGGAGAACUCCUCGUCAAGCCCUUCGCCACCAAGACCGAGAAACUCUGGGUCGUCACCAACCAAACGCUGGUGCUGGAGAAGAUGUCGUCAAUCAGUUCCCAAAUCCCGGUUCCUGUCUCACUUCGUCCCACUUCCCUCCUCUUCCGUUUCCCCAAUUCCCGAUACGAACUGCUCAAAGAAAUGAAGGGGGAACCCACCGAUCCCGACUACGAUCCUGAAAUUCCCUACGCCAGGAGAUCCUCUUACGACAAGGAGUACCGUUCCGAGAGCCACCAUCAUAAGCGAUACGAGAGAAGCAUCGACGAAAAGUCCCACUUUAAGCACUACAACGAAGAGGAAUACCCCUACCGAUCAAGUAACCCUUCCUUCUCUGAGGAAUAUCCAGAGAAAUACGAAAGGGAACACCGCCAGAAAUACAAGGGAUACCGUGAGGAAUUCCAGAGAGAAUACGAGUAUCUCGGCCGAUACAACCUCACCGAGGAAGAGUACAUCGACGAAAUGCACAUGUACAACCCUCACAGUUACUUCUUUUACAACUACUCCAGCAGCUCCUCCAUGGAACCCAAGAUCGGAAAGCUCAAGUCUCAGGUCCUCCAGGUUUCCAAGGCCCUUAGCCUCUUGCCUUACAGGGAAAUGAAGGAACUUUACGAAGAACUCAUCAGCUCCGCUCCUGUCACCAGCCCCCAUUCCAAGAAGACCAUCAAGACCCUGUUUUUGGAUGCUGUUGCCAUGAGUGGUACGAGCCCAGCCGUGAAAUUGAUCAAGGAAUUGAUCUUGAGGAAAGAGGUGACCGGAGAAACCGCUGCCGAGCUCCUCAUGGUCCUUCCUGCCUCCAUCAAGGUCCCCACCGUCUCCGUCAUGAGAGAACUCAUUAGCUUGGCCAAGAGCCCCGUGAUCAAGCCCCAUUCUCAGCCUCACGAGUGCAGACAAGUGUACAUCACUGCCCUGUUGACAGUGAGCAACCUGAUCAAGAAAGCUUGCAUGAACCCCAAGACCCGAAUCUCCAACUACCCCAUCACCCGCAAGGGUCUUCCCAUCUCUUCUUCCCGAUUCUGCUCUCCUGACAGCCCCCUCAUCACCGAGGCUUAUCUCCCCUUCCUCGAACAGGAGAUCCGCAGCUCUCCCGAACCAUGGAAGGAGAUCGUCCUGGUUCAGGCCAUCGGCAACACUGGCCACCCGUACGCCGUGAAGAUCGUGAAGCCCUUCAUCUAUGGACUCGUCACCCGAGACCCGGCCGUUCGCAGCAAGGCCAUCUUCGCCCUCAGCCGCGUCGCCGACAAGUACCCAUCAGUUGUCUUCAGCGUGCUGAAGCCGCUGUUCCACGACCUCCGGGAACACUACGGAGUGCGAACGGCCGCGUUCAUCGUCUUGGUCAAGUGCCAGCCCCCGGCGGUCUUCUUCACGGGGGUUGCCACCGGAACCUGGUUCGAGCCGUCUCAACAAGUCGGCUCUUUCGUUUACUCCACCCUCGCCAACCUGGCCAACUCUUCCUAUCCCUUCCACUACAACAUGUCUCGAUACGCACAGCUGGCCCUUCCCCUGGCCAAACCCUUCAACCUGGGUCUCCAAUAUUCCCACAACACGUUGAUUUGGAAGUACAUCGAGCAACUCGGAUCCGGAUCCUCGUUCCAGACUUCCUGGAUCGGCUCCACCCGGUCUCUCCUGCCCAGGGACUUCUACAUCCGGCUCACCAAUCACUUUGGAGGAUUCGAAGGCCAUCCGUUCGAGAUGGGAGUGCAACUGCAGGGAGUGCAGGGGAUCAUCAACAGCGGGGAGAUCAGCCUGGAACGACUGAGGGAAGCGUUGACGGUCGAGACGAGGAAGGACGAGCCCCUCAGGAGCUCCGUUUGGAUGAAGAUGUUCGGGGGCAUGGAAAGGAUCUUCCCAUUGGAUCGCCAGACCCUCAUCCAACUUUUCGAAGAGGGAACCCUGAAGAUGAACGGACUGAGCAUCUCAGAGGGAAUGGAGGUGAACUACCAGAAGACCCUUCCCCUGGACGACACGAUCGUGAUCCUCCCCUCGGUCGCGGGUCUCCCCGUGUUCUUCUGCAUGAAGGCUCCCCUCCUCGUCUCCCUCAGGGGUCGGGUGCAGGUCCGCGUGGAUGGGGCCAGGAUCCCUCCGUCUCGGGUUCAUGUCUCUGCCGACCUCAAGCCCAUGUUGAGUUACAAUCACGUGAUCGAAGCCGGAAUCGUGUGCCCUCUGACGAAGAAGCUCUUAAUCUCUGGAUACAACGCUCACAUCCUGGCUGCCGUGCCCUUUAAGGCCCAAGUGGACUACGACUUCUCCGAUUCCAAGCUUUCCUUCCAGGUGGGUGGGACCACGGGGCGAAUGCCGUCCCGGAUGGACCUCCUGCACUUCCAUGCCCGGCCCUUCACGGCCAUCAAGGACACGCUGGACUUCCGCCCACUCACCCAGAUCCAGUCUUACAAGUUCAUUCGCACCCAACCCAAGCCUCGAGUGUACGAGACCGUGUUCGGAAAGAAGAGCUUCGGGAUCCCCCUGAAGUUCAUGCACGUGACAGACACCCCCUUCAGCGACUACUACGGCUGGUACGAAAUACUGAAGAGUCACAACCCCCUGACCCCCAGCCAGGUCCUGCCCUGGCCCGUCAUCCUCCCUUCCAGCCUCAGGCCUUUCGAGUUCAAGCUCUCCGUCGAUGCUUCCAGUAUGGAGACCGAGGCCAUUCGGGGUCACGUCGCCCUGACAACGUCGAAAAAUGAAUACAAGAUCUUCAGUAAUGAACCAGAAAUAGAACUGGAGAGGAUCAAGUACAAAUACCCAUCCAAGUACUACAACAAGUACUCCGAAGACAUUCAGGAGUACUUCAACAACCCAUGGUCCAAACUGACUGAAUGCCAGGACUCAGAGUCUCCUUGCUACACUUCCUACGACUCCAUCAGAAGCCUGAGAUCCAGCAGAUCCUACAUUCCUCUGAAAUACGAGGAGAUUGAUGUUGAGAGUGGAAAGGUUCAUCAGCUCCACGCUGAGGUUGAACUGGUCGGUCGAGUCCCGAGGAGAUAUAGGGCAUCCGUCAUCUACGCCACCUCCAAGACCAACAUCCGCGAGAAGUUGAGCGUUCUGAUGGAGAGAGAACCCCUCCCAGGAUACGAAUCCACUCCUUACAAGAUCUGCAUCAAUUCCAAGUUCCAGUAUCCCAACUUCCCACCAAGCACCGAGAGACAGGCCCUGCUCCAAUCCGAAAUGACCACUCUUGGUAACCUCCACUUCCGAUUCGGUGAGGAAUGCCAACAUGCCAUCAACACCAGGAUCGUGAUGACGAGGACCGAGAAGCAAAGACUGCAUGCCGAAGAGAGCUAUGAGAGCCAUCGCUGCAGGGAAGACGAGAGCCGAGGAAUCGAAUACAGCCCCGUGUGCAAGAAGGCCCGAAUCCAGGCCACCACCCUCAACAGCUACAUCCUGGAUAUCACCGAGGAGAACGUUCCCUUCUACGUCAAGAACUUCACUUCUCACGUGGAUGACUUCAUCAAGUAUAUGCUGUACCCACACAUGACGAACCGAAGAGUGGGCGUUACUAACCCCAGCAACAAGGUGAAGGUCGUCUUCAAGGUCCUUCCUCCCAUGUCUUCUCACCCGUACCCCGUCUUGGAUGUCUUCCUUCUCAAACCCCAUGAGAACACUUACUUCAAGACCAUCAAGGUCUCCCCUGCUGCUGAAAUCGUAUUCCCUCUGAGUGCCAAGCAGGAACUGGUCAGGAAGUCCCUUAACCGAAUCUUUGGCCACACAUAUAUCCCCGAGUGCAAGUUGGAGAGCGAGGUCGUGAGGACUUUCGACAACGUGACCUACAAGUACCCCCUGGGUGAGUGCUGGCAUCUUCUGGCUAAGGAUUGCUCCAAGGAGGCUCCAGUUGCUGUCCUGGCUAAGGAGUCUUCCUCCACCGGCAAGGUGAUUAAGGUUCUGGUGGGACCCCACAAGGUACUCAUUAAGCCAGUGUCUCCAGUCUCCGCUGUCUCUGGUUCCGUGCCAGAAAUCCAAGUCCUUCUUGACGGACAACCGAUCCAUCUCUCCCCCACGGAGAAGAAGGUCAUUACGAGCUCCGGAUCUCCUCACAAAAAGGUCCUGGAAUUCAUUAAGUACAAGAACCACGAAAUCGAGGUCGAAUCUCCUCUCUAUGGAGUCAAGGUCGUGACCGACGGCGAGAGGAUCAAGGUCGAGGUGUCCAACAUCUACCGAGGCCGAAUGUGUGGUCUCUGUGGUGACUUCAAUGGAGAGAAGGUUGCCGAAUUCAAGACGCCUAGGGACUGCGUGAUGGUUCACCCAAUGGCCUUCGCUCAGACCUAUGCCAUCAAGGAGAGUGGAUGCAGUGUCCAUCCUCGGGUGAAACACAUCAUUCCGGAAGAGCACAAGUGCUUGCAUGCCGACACCUAUCAUCCGAUGGGAAGCUACCACGAGGUAGCACGCCAUGGAUUAUCCUCUUCCUCUUCUUCUUCCUCUUGCACACGAUACCUGACGAAGGUCGUACCCAGAGGAGAUGAGACCUGCUUCUCUGUCAAACCACUGCCAGAGUGCUCUCUCUCAUGCAGACCCUCUAGGAUCUUGACCAAAGAGGUCGGAUUCCAUUGCGUGAGGGGUGACCCGACCGAGCUACUGAAGAAAGCCCAUCACGGAAUCGUGGAGGAGAUGCUGAACAAAGAGGUUCAUUUCUCCACGAUGGCUGUGAUCCCCGAGGCGUGCCUCCACAUCCCUUAAAUCUCGUUCUUAAUGGCUUCUCCAUACCUCCUUCUCCUUCGCUCUUCGUUCAGUCUUAGAACGGUGUAUUCCCGUUUUCUUUUUAAUCUUUCCCUCGUCUCAAUUCCGAAUAAAUACUCUGUAAUCCACGAAA